CUGAGGCGUAUUUACCAUACACGCAGUGUUUCUACUCGGUUGAAAUAUUCUUCUUGUGUUUCUAGGAGUUAGGCAAUUGUCCCCAAGCUGUUCGUGUGCUACCAUUCUUUACAACAAUGGAUUCAGCAAGGAAGGAACAUGACGAGUACCUAACGUUAAUUAGUGAGGGGGUCUGUUCAAAAUGUGAUUCACGGAAUCUGGGUACCGGACGAGAAGCUGCCAGACAACACAUGGGAACGAAACAUCUGAAUUAUCAUUGCCCGCAGUGCAAUAAAGGGCUUUUUCUUCAACGGGCAUUAACUCAGCAUAUUGCAAGUCACAAUAAGAAAAAAAAAAAAGAAAAAAGCCAGGGCAGAAAACACUACAUCCACAAGCCAUAAUAAAUGUGAAGUCUGUGGAAAGUCAUGUCGCAAUGCAUCCGGUCUGAUUCAACAUAUGCACGACAAGAAGCAUAACACUAGCUCAGCAGUCACAAGCAGAGCAGCAAUUUUCCCCGGUUUUCAGACCAAUCACAUUAGUACAGCAGACGCCUACAGAGCAACACUUUUUGGUAUUUACACCGAUCACACUAGCGCAGCAGCCACCGGCAGAGCAAUGACCGACUCGUGGCAUGUUGACAUCCUGAAAGGAAGUCGAAAAGGAGAAAAUCUUGAUGACUUCAUGAAAAGGAAGGUCUUCCCCGAUGAAGAGUACAAGAGAAAAAGUAAACAACUCGUGAAUUAUCUAACGAAAUUCGUUCAGCACAAUAUUCCAUUCAGCGUCAAAAAAAUGUUUGUUGGUGGAUCGCAAGGGAAAAAAAUAGAUGUGUUGGAUAAUGCAGAUGUUGAUUUGGUCAUGUACAUUAAUGACUACGACACAAUGGAAGAGUUCCGAAACAACUUGGAUGAUGUCCUACAGAAUCUGGAACAACAUAUACAGAAGGAUUUGAACUGGGCAGAAAACGUGAAAGUUAUCGACAGAACACACCACGCUGUACAGUUCGAGGUGAAACUGAAAGGAUAUGAUCAUCCAAUCAACGUGGAUCUCUUACCAGCAAUAGAUCUUCCAGAAAAAGCGCACAGUGCCAAAGAAAUGUUUAAUGACAUGAAAUCACUGACUCCUGACAAACAGAAAUUCUUUUCUGUAUGCACAUCAGAAAAGCAAACACAAUUUGCAAGAGAAGCGCCAAAACAAUUAAAGGAAUUGACUCGACUUGUAAAGUACUGGAAAAAGACUGAAAAUGUUCCCGGCAAAUCAUAUUUCUUUGAGCUGUUCAUUAGACAUUUGUGGGAAACCGAAUGGGGUAAACCUCAAAUCUUCUCCAUGGAGGAAAAGUUCAAAGAUGUCAUUAGGAACCUGAAGACCACGCGCAGUAUGAGAAUAAUAUGGCCGGAGCUGUAUGAUGCUGAAAAAUACACGACUGUGCCGGAACGUCCUGUAAUGCUGGAUCCUAUGAACCCUUUCCAAAACGUGGCGCCAUCUGGGACGGAUGUUGAUGGCAUAAUAGAAAAAGCAACCAGCCUUCAGUGACGAAUGUAACCCGAGCCCAGACAGUGACUCGCCAGCUUUUACGAAUGUUUUUUAUAGCACCCUUCAAAAUAUCAUGGGGGUUGUUUAGGUGGGGGGAAUGGAAAGUAAUUUUGUCCGAUAUACUGGCAACCCGUCAACAUUGCUCAAAUUUACAUAAAAAUCUUUUGGCAGAGCAUAAAAAUGUGGUCUCCACUUCUUUUGUCAGUCAUGAUCUUUUAAUUACUUCGCUACAUUUGUAUUACAAAUUUGGCCAACUUCAAACUUACCCCUCCCCCUUCUACUCGGUACUCAAUCGCUGGAGAAGUCAGAAGCUGUGUCCAGAGUGGACGUGUUUGAACCUUGAACAUGUUAAUGAUUUACAUUUGGACGGACGAGUGUGGUCUGGCAAUGUUAAGGAGUGUGUACUUUUGCAUGUUGUACACUUGUCGGGCGACGUAUUUUGUAGACAUGUACUUUGAGUAUUAUAUUUAUUACAAUAUAUCCUGGCGUCAUAUAUUUUCGAUACGAUAAGCAAAAAAAUUAAAUAUAAUAAAAACAAUACUUCGUACAUACAUUACUACUUUACCUUUCUCAAGUCACAUUAGUUUAUUAUAAACAAACAGUGAUCAUUUCCCAUGAACGCCAAGUUUUCCUCCAAAAAACCUAGCUGCUAAGUUGUACAGGUGUUUCCGCUAUAUUUUCACAAACAUCAUAUGUUUUCGAUAGUUUCAUUGGCUGUCCAUUUUUGUCCUUGUUAUGACAGUGAAGCGUUUAUACUCCGUGCAAUAAUUUACAUCAAAAUCUUCAUUUAAAAAAAAAAUCAUACAAUGUUUGUAACUUGUGAAAAAUAUUGAAUAAUCUUCAGCCCAAUAGUGUUCAAUGAAAACAUAUUUACAUUAUGUUUUCGUCAUAGGCUAAUGUCUAAUCCUCUUGUUAUACGUAUCAACGACACCAAAAAAUUAGAUUGUCACCUUAAGUACUCUGACAGAGGUACAGAACUAUAUAUUUUCAAAAAAUCUAAUUCCACCAAACCACCUUUAUUUGUAGUAAAUGUAAAUGCACAUGUAAACAUGCCCUCACCAGAAAUUACCGAAAAGAAUGUUGUUGUGAAUGACAUAAGAGGUAACCCAACCAGCCUUCCAUAAAUGUUAUUGUUCAGUGUAAUGAUCACGUGGUAUAUCGUCUAACUUUGGCAGGUCAGAUGUCAGUGUUGCAGACGAUAACUUUGCAGGGAUUC